AUGCAUGAUGAGGUGAAAAUCAUACAUCAAUGUCAAGUGAGUCCUCCACAAGGAUCACUUCCAUCUUCAAUCACCCUUCCAUUAAGUUACCUUGACCUCCCUUAUUUUUAUUGUCCCAAUAUCAAAAGAAUUUUCUUCUACAACUUCCCUCACUCCACACAACAUUUCCUUCAAACUUCACUCCCAAUUCUAAAAGAUUCUCUUUCCCUCACUCUGCAACAUUUCUUCCCUUUUUCCUCUAAAAUCAUCUUCCCUCCUAAGCCUCAAAACCCUCACAUUCUCUACUCUCAAGGUGACUCCAUCACAUUAACAAUUUGUGAAUCCAAAUCAAACUUCAACUACCUAAUAUCCAAUUCACCAAAAGAUCUUAAAAUUGCAUACCCUUUUGCUUCCUUAAUUCCAUCACCAAGUAUUAUUUCACAAGAUGGCACAUUAUUGUUACCAACAUUUGCCAUUCAAAUCACUGUCUUUCCAAACUUUGGUUUCACAAUUUGUCUCACUUUUAGACAUGAAAUUUGUGACGGUAAAUCAUUUCAUCAUUUCAUUAAAUUUUGGUCCUCACUUUCAAAAGGAAACGUAGAAAAUUCUUCUCUUUCAUUACCAUUACACAAUAGAGACAUGAUACAUGACCCAAAAGAGCUUAAACAAAGUUUCUUAGAACAAAUUUGGAAUUCUCCACCAAAUUUGGAAUAUACUAGUGCCAAUAAUAACUUGCUUCGUCAUAGAUUUAUAUUGACACAUCACCAAGUUGAAAAUUUGAAGAAAUGGGUGCGUACAAAAAGUCAAACUAUUGGUCUUGAAACACUUCAUUUGUCAACCUUUGUUGUCACAUGUUCUUUGUUUUGGAUUUGUAUGAUAAAAACAAAAUCACAAGACGACAAAAACAAAAGUACUAUAGUUGAUUGUGAUUCCAACAAUGAUUUUGAAGAUAAUUACGGUUUUAGAUUUCUAAUGGAUUUACGUAACCAUUUUGAGGUUUCAACAAAUUAUUUUGGAAAUUGUUUAGGUGCAUGUGUUGCAACACUUCCAAAGUGGAAGUUGGUUGGAGAAAAUGGUAUUUGUGAAGCAGUUAAUUCUAUUGGAAGAGAAAUUAAGAGUUUUAGUGAUCCAUUAAUAGGGGUUGAAAAACUUAUGUUUCAUCAACGUAUUAAUGAGUCAGGUAUAAAGUCACAUAACAUGAUUCUUGCUGUGGGGUCACCAAAGUUUAAUGUGUAUGAAACUGAUUUUGGUUGGGGAAAACCUUUAUUGAGUGAAAACAUUCAUGUGGAUAAUUCAAGUAUAUUGUGUUUUUCUGAUUCUAAAGAUGAAGAUUGUGUCAUUGAAGUUGGGAUGGUAUUAGAUGGGGAUCAGAUCAAAAAAUUUAGUGAUGUGUUAGAAGCGCAACUUAGAGAUAUUGUUGGACCUAAAUGA